UCCCGGUUCCGCGCCCAGGCGAGAGCAGCCGAUUGGCAGAGCGGGGCUUUCAGGAACAAUAACAGCGGGGGGAGCCCGGGCCCUGGGGAGCCGCCCCCGCCCCCGGCCCGGCCGCGCGGCUCGCGCCCCCCGCCGGGUCCCCAUCUCCGCGCCCGCCCCGCGGGCUGACCGGCCGAGCGGGGCCCGCCCCCCGCGCCCACCAUGUACGCCUUUGUGCGGUUCCUGGAGGACAACGUCUGCUACGCGCUGCCCGUGUCGUGCGUGCGCGACUUCAGCCCCCGCUCGCGGCUGGAUUUUGACAACCAGAAGGUGUACGCCGUGUACCGCGGCCCGGAGGAGCUGGGCGCUGGGCCCGAGAGCCCCCCGCGCGCCCCCCGCGACUGGGGCGCGCUGCUGCUCCACAAGGCCCAGAUCCUGGCGCUGGCAGAAGACAAAUCUGACCUUGAAAACAGUGUGAUGCAGAAGAAAAUAAAAAUCCCCAAACUUUCUCUCAAUCUCGUAGAAGAAGAUGGGGAGGUUAAAGAUUAUGGGGAAGAAGAUUUACAGCUUAGACACAUCAAGAGACCCGAGGGGCGGAAGCCGAGCGAAGUGGCGCACAAGAGCAUCGAGGCAGUGGUGGCCCGGCUGGAGAAGCAGAACGGCCUGAGCCUGGGCCACGGCCCGUGCCCGGAGGAGGUGUUCGUGGAGGCCUCGCCGGGCACGGAGGACAUGGACAGUCUGGAGGACGCCGGCGUGCCCCGGGCUCUGUACGAGGAGCUGCUGCGCAACUACCAGCAGCAGCAGGAGGAGAUGCGCCACCUCCAGCAGGAGCUGGAGCGGACUCGGAGGCAGCUGGUGCAGCAGGCCAAGAAGCUCAAGGAGUACGGGGCGCUCGUGUCCGAGAUGAAGGAGCUCCGCGACCUCAACCGCAGGCUGCAGGACGUGCUGCUCCUGAGGCUGGGCAGUGGUCCCGCCAUUGACUUGGAAAAAGUAAAAUCAGAAUGUCUCGAGCCCGAGCCGGAGUUACGGAGCACUUUCAGUGAGGAAGCAAAUACGUCGUCCUAUUACCCUGCUCCUGCACCUGUCAUGGACAAGUAUAUCCUAGACAAUGGCAAGGUCCAUCUGGGAAGCGGGAUUUGGGUUGAUGAGGAGAAAUGGCACCAGCUGCAGGUCACGCAAGGAGACUCCAAGUACACGAAGAACCUGGCAGUCAUGAUUUGGGGCACAGACGUUCUGAAGAACAGAAGCGUCACGGGAGUUGCCACAAAAAAAAAGAAAGAUGCAGUCCCUAAGCCACCCCUCUCACCCCACAAACUAAGCAUCGUCAGAGAGUGUUUGUACGACAGAAUAGCACAAGAAACUGUGGAUGAAACUGAAAUUGCACAGAGACUCUCCAAAGUCAACAAGUACAUCUGUGAAAAAAUCAUGGAUAUCAAUAAAUCCUGUAAAAAUGAAGAACGAAGGGAAGCAAAAUACAAUUUGCAAUAAACUUUGGAUUUUUCAUAAAGCCUUCUCGUUUUCCUUGCUUGGCGUGUGAUUUGCGGGCGAUGGUGUUGUCCAGAUCAGACCCCACCAUGCAUGGUGGUGUGCGGGCCAGGAGCCAGGAGGGUUCUGGGGUCAGCCGGCCUGUUCUGAACUUGGACUUCUCACUCCAAAGACGGCAGAUGGAUUUGCUGAGAUUCAGGCAGCAACCUGGCACCAGAGUUGUUCUGGGGAUGGUGAAAAUCCUGUCCUUUCGGAAGGGGAUGAAGUGACUCUGAGUUGCCUAUCACUCGGCCAAGAAUUUGAGCUGAUAUUUUUACCAUUCAAGGACUUCUAUCUUUGUUCCUCUAUUUUGUUCUAUAAUAAAGCUUCAUUAAUUCUUUGCUGUA